UGAAAGGAGAAGACACGCUCCUGCAGGAAAAGGGGAAGGUCUAUAGACUUUGUGUGGCACAGUAAGCACAUAAAUACCAGCAGUCCUCUCCUUCUCUCAUCACUCCAGCUACCCAGACCAGGACAAUCAUCCCUCUCUCAUCACUCCAGCUACCCAGACCAGGACAAUCAUCCCUCUCUCAUCACUCCAGCUACCCAGACCAGGACAAUCAUCCCUCUCUCAUCACUCCAGCUACCCAGACCAGGACAAUCAUCCCUCUCUCAUCACUCCAGCUACCCAGACCAGGACAAUCAUCCCUCUCUCAUCACUCCAGCUACCCAGACCAGGACAGUCAUCCAUCGACAGCACUAUGCAGUCAGUUACACUGGUCAUCCUUGCAUGCAUCCUCGUUGCUCAUGUCGAAGGUAGAGGAAGUAACGUCAUGAAAUGCUUCUGCCAGGAUAAAGGAGUUGACCGCGUGAACCUUAGGCUCGUGGUGAAGCUGGAGUUCCACGCGCCCAGCAGCUACUGUCCUCAGCUGGAGAUGAUAAUCUUCUUGAAAAAAGGAGGGAAAGUCUGCCUGAAUCCCGAGUCUCAGAUGGCCAAGAACUUAGUGCAGGAAGCCAUGAGGAACAGGAGUUCGGUUUUAGGAACUCAGACACCUUCUAUGUGAGCUGGACCUGAGGAGGACAAACUGACGAGGGUGUACUGAUAUUCACUGAUAAUCAAUCCAAAUAUGAACAAAAGUAACUUUGUUUGUCAUAUUGUUAAUCUUAUUCCAUUCAGAGGUGUGUGGCUCUGUAGCUGUCGUCAGUCCUGAGCUGGUGGGCAGCUGGGUCUGUAGGGGCGAUGAGAGUAAUACCACUAGCUGACCCUAGGUGGCGCUGUGACAUAAAUAAAACUUCUCAGCUGCUCAACGUGGCCUAAAAUGCUGACAUGUAAAACCACAACCAUCAUUUUUCUUCCUGUGUGACGAAAUCUUGUGAGGAGUUCAUGGUUUAUGAACCCAGUGUCCAGGCUGCAGUCCUGUCCGUGGACAAUGCUUUGAGUCUGUGG